UUGAGGAAGUCGUGCUGCAGUCACUCAAUACACCUGCCGAAGACUGUCGAGUCCACCCGCACAGAAAAAUGGCCGACACCUUGUCUCAGGAGCAGGUCCUGUGCGUCAUUUGCAUGGACAGCUUCACCAAUCCGGUGUCCAUCCCGUGUGGCCACAACUUCUGCCUGGACUGUAUCAGCGGUUUCUGGGACGUGAGCCACAAGUCAGUAUGUCCACUCUGCAAGGAGGAAUUCCACAUCCGCCCAGAGCUCAGGGUGAACGUCGGCUUGAAGGACAUCACCGAACAGUUUAAAAGAUCUAUGAGGAGAAAACAAGCGGGCAAGCCGGUGCCGGCGAAGAGAAGCUCCACCAGACGGUCCUUAAAGUCGGACAACGUGACCUGCGACAUCUGCAGCGAGAACAAGCAGGCAGCGGUGAAGUCCUGCCUGGUCUGCCAAGCGUCUUAUUGUGAAACGCACCUGGCCCCUCACCUGCGGGACCCGGUGAUGACGAAGCACAGGCUGACGGAUCCGGCCACCUUCAGCACGAGCCACCUCUGCCGAAAACAUAACAAGCCGCUGCAGAUGUUCUGCAAGAAGGAGCAGACCCCGGUGUGCACGAGCUGCGUGGAGAGGGACCACAAGCAUCAUGAAGUCGUUCCCAUGGAGAAAGAGAGCAGGAGGAUCAAGGCACAGGUGAAAGUGGUUCAAGCAGAGGUUCAACAGAUGAUUCAGACCAGGCUCAAAAAGAGCGAGGAGAUCAAGAACUCUGUGGAGCUGAGCAGGAUAGAUAAAGAAAAGGAGAUCCAAACCAGCACUCAUGUUGCCAGCAUGGCAAUCAACGCAAUUGAGAGAAACCAGGCGCUGCUCAUCGAGGAGAUCGAAGAGAAGCAUGAAGCAGCCAAGAGGAGAGCGGACGAUCUUGUGGAAGAGCUCGACCAGGAGAUCGAGGAGCUGCAAAGGAGACGCAGUGAGCUGCAAUACCUGGAGGACACCAAGGACCCGCUGCAUCUUCUGCAGAGCUUCCCAUGCCUGAGUUCUCCGGUGUCAUCAACAAACUGGUCUGAGGUCAGUGUGGACCCCGACAUUUACAUCAAAAGGGUGCGUGCAAGUCUCUCCAAGCUGGUGGACCACUGUCAUGAACUUGAAAAGAACCUUUGUGCAGAAGAAAUUACCAAGAUGGCCAAAUAUGCAGUGGAUGUGACUCUGGACCCUGGGACUGCUGCCAGCUGGCUGCUUCUUUCCCCGGAUGGUAAAAGAGUGAGCCUGGGCUCCCAGCAGAGGACCCAGCCCCUCCCUAAUGACCCACGCAGGUUCGACUCGUGUGUUGCCGUUCUGGGGAAGCAAAGCUUCACCUAUGGGAGGCGAUACUGGGUGGUUAAGGUAGGGGAUAAGACAGACUGGGAUCUUGGUGUGGCCAAGGAGUCCAUCAACAGGAAGGGCGCCAUAGCCGUCCGUCCGGACAACGGUUACUGGGCAAUCUGCAGGCGGAAAGGCGAGAGUCUCCGGGCCUGCCUAGGGCCCUCCGUCACCCUGAACCUCCAUGAAAUCCCUCUGAGAGUGGCCGUGUUCUUGGACUACGAAGAUGGGUCGGUGUCGUUCUACAACGCUGACGCAAAGACUCACAUCUACACCUUCAACGGAUGUUCUUUCACCGAGCCCCUGUACCCGUACUUUAAUCCCUGCCUUCAUGACAACGGGAGGAACACGGCGCCUCUCAUCAUCUGUCCAGCGGAACCUGCCGGGGUUACUGCAGAUACUGCAGCGUACAGAGGUUAAACGCAGUGAACGAGUCCACAAUUCAUUACUCCAGGUUAUUGUUACCUUUUAAAGGGUUAUCUUUGUUCAUUAGUUUCUGAUUUUUAACAUGUUCAGUACCAGGAAACCAUUGGAGAACUUUGGGGAAACUUCACAACUAACGGACAGUCAAAGAUGUCCUGCCACUUUUGGCUAGCUUUAAAAUAAACCAGUGAAACUGUACAGACAAGUACAUGUAUAGUUGCAUUUCAUUAGAAACUGUGUGUUCUGUCAGUUUAUUGCCCUUUGCUUAUAAUAGUUUACAUUAAUCGUUUGGACUUUUUGCUGUUUUACUUUUAACGGACCCUCAGCUUAUUGCUCCAUGUUAGGGUUGAUUACUAAUCAUCGUUAGCAGCAAAGGUAGAAACCAUGGAUUAUCUGGUUUGACAGCUUGUUGAAUCUUUGUUCUCUGCCUUUCCAAAAUGCUUUUGUUUUUUCCGUAUCCACCAUGUUGUGUAAUGAAGGAUCCAUAAAAAAUAAUAAAUGCAUAUAAAGGUU